GUUGUUGUGCUUGUCAACAGCGCUACACUGUCAAUGGAAAGUCUCCUCACCGUACCAACGAAACAUCUACACACGACAACCGAGAAAAAAAAAAUUUAAGAAAAAAGUUUCAGCUGCAAAACAAAAAUGGCGUGUACAUGUACGUCUUGAAUUCGUAUCAUCGGUCGCAUUAUAAUCGGAAUAUUUUCGUGGAAAAUUCGAUUUUAAACAUAUUAAAUCGAUUCUAUGUGACACAAACGGUGUAAAGAGGCAUACAAUUUCAUUUUGCAAACCAAACAUUUUGUUUUUGUUUGAUUUUGGUAUACCAAAAUUGAGUUGAUUUGUCGUAGCCAAAAGGGAAAAAAUCAAUUUUCAACAUUUUGCUGAAUUAAGUGGUGUUUUCUUAUCGAAAAAGGAUAACAAAUGUAUACAACACAGUAGGACCAAGCAUUUGGACGGAAAUUGUUUUAAAAUUAACCUAGUGAGACAAUUUACAGUGGGAAAAGAAAGUUGAUUUGCAUGAGAAGGGAGUGUAAAUAGAGAGAGACACAUAUGUCAAUGGCUCGACCACAAUUGUGACAGUAGCUUCAAUCUCUGUAGUGCAUGUGUUUCCCGAGUGAAAGAUUUUAAUGUUUGAUUCGUGCAUUGAAUUGUCUUUUUUUCUGUUGUUUGAUGUGUAUCAUGCAAUGACCGUGUGAAUAAAGUAUCUUACCUUGUAGUCAAUGGUGUGGCAUUUUUUUUAAAAAUAAAGUGACUUAAUUUUAUCGUGGCAUAGACAGUGUUUUUAUAACAUUUUGAACAAAUGAAAAGUGAGAAAACAAUGGACAAAUCGAGCAGCAAAGCCGAAUUUGAUUCGGCGGAGUUCGAAAAGCGUUUAACCAAUUUAAAAGACACACAGGAUAGUAUACAGGCGUUGUCAGCGUGGUGCCUACAGAACCGUUCUCAUCACAAAAAAAUUGUCACAAGUUGGUUGAUCGUGCUCAAACAGGUCAAAGUCGAGCAUCGCUUGACUCUGUUCUAUUUAGCAAAUGACGUGAUUCAGUACAGCAAACGGAAGAAUUAUGAAUUUGUCGAAAGCUGGGGCACGGCAUUGCAACGGGCCACCACAAUGGUCAGGGAAGAAAAAGUCAAACACAAAAUCGAACGAAUCUUCCGGAUAUGGGAACAGCGAGUAAUUUACAAUGAAGAGUUUUUGUCGGAUCUGCGAGGCCUGUUGAGCAUAAAUCCAGCUAAAAAACCACCACCCAAUGAAAAUGACGAUGAACAAGCGACAAUUACCGUGGCAAACAUAAAAAAUUGCAUUAAAUUGGAAAAAGAAACGGAUCGAAGUUUUAAGGCUUUACCAAAAGCAUCAUUAUGUGAUAAGGACACGAUUUCCCAGUUGAAAGACCGGAGUCAAGUGGAAGAAUUGGAGAAGGAGGUGAUUGAACGACGUGUCAAAUUGGAGCACUACAUAAAAACACUAACAAAUGAAAUUAAAGCUCGAACGGCAUUGAUUACGGUGUUGGAUCAAGCGGACGCCUUUUACCACAAUCAACGUGGUGAAGUGAAAGUUGUGGCAACGGCCUAUCGCAACUAUGGCAACAGCAUUAAAACAAUGAAACGAAGACUGGAAGAGCUCACAAAGACAUUGCCAAGCCCAAUACCAUCGCCCGACAUCAAUGCACCAUCGCCGGGACCGGCUGACAAUGACUUUGUGCUGCCGGGAGAGAAGAACUUCAAUCAGAAUGUUUUCAACGCACAAACCAAUCGAAUGAUGGGUUAUAUGGACGGUGGUCGUUUGCCAUUCGAUAUAAACGACUUUGCGACAUCGAGUCCAAAAACGAAAGAGGCCCACAUUCAGGUGAUCGAUUCGACGUCGGGCAAAGACAACAAUGAGAUUGAUGAUUUUUUCAAGACUCUAAUGCACGACACAUACACGCCGGCAAUUCCCCCACAACCAGUGCCCGCUGUUAGCGGUCCAAAUUAUUAUGAGUCGGCAUUUCCAUCGCAACAAACGAGCACCUACGAAUUUACCCAGUAUGAAAACACCUCCGGUAAUGUGUCGACAAAUUUGUUCCGUGGCGAAGCAAACAAUUCAUCGUACAAUCAAUCGUAUUCGGGCACAUUUAAUGCGCCAAUCGCACAACCGCCACUACCACCGCCACCAAAUCGACAGGAGAACUGGGAAAUGGACAUGUCAUGGAAUUCGAAUCAAGAAUCAAGUUUCAAUCAUACAAUGGAUGCACCACGAUCACCACCGCAUUACGAACGUAAGGGAAUUAAUACGAAUGUUAUCGAAUACAUUGAACCGGGCGUGAAUGAUUCACACAUUGCCGGCGCUGGAGACGUUGACCACCGACAGUUGAUCUUGCCAAUGAACGGUUUGAAUGCACUCGGUGCCAAGGAUCGAGGUCGUCUCAUUGACGUAGACCAUCGGAAUCUGAUUUCACUUACUGGAUCACCGAAACUCUCCGAAAAGGAUGCGAAUGGAUCACAGAUUGAUUCAAUGAGGAAUAAUGCGACAGAUUCGAAGCUACUGCCACCGCCGUCACCACCCGCGAUGCUAUUGUCGUCAAAUAUUAGCACGUCAGACACAGGUAAAAUGAAUGCUCCGUUAUUGCGAUCUCCGAUUUCUUCGAGAUUCCAAAAUCCGCCUUUGCAACAGCAUCAAAGUGCUAAAGCCUCACAAAAUCGAUCGCCAUCGAAAAUCCACAACGGGCGCGACAACACCGAAAGCAUCGACAUGGAAAUGUCAGACGAAGAUUUUGACACAAUUCCAGACUUUCAAAAUAAAUCGGUUGAUGAUUUACAACAAUCAAAUAUGGAACCACGAUCGGAAGGAUUAUUGGGUCCAGCACCAAAUUUUGGAUCACCAGACUGUGCAAAACGGCCAAAUCCCUUCAGAUCGAAUGCACAAGAUGUGUUACACCCGUUGCAACCACCACAAAUGUUGCUCCAUUCGAAUUUGCCGAUGCCAAGACCAGGGCCCGGUCCACGACCGUUGCUUGACAUACCGACUGGAUUCAAUAAUGCUCGACCAUUUCUUGGUCAUCACAAUUCACUAAUGCCUGAUUCGCCGACCAAUCAACCGCAGAGCCCAUUUUUGUUAAAUAAUCCGCGGGGCAUGUCACCACAUGUCAACCAAACUCAUUCGCCACAGAUGAACUAUCGUAAUAAUAAUCAGUCGACACGAGGAAAUUCGCCAUACUUUAGAAAUCAAAAAGGUCCAAUGCGCGGCGGCGGAUAUCGUCCAAAUUUCCGCGGAGGAGGAAAUCGAAAUUGGAGUUGAAGCCAUUGACUGUAAUAUGGAGCCGAAGAACGAUGAAGGACGCCUUCGGAAAACGUUAUUUUGCAAUUACGACCGCGACAAUCGUCCAAUAUUGCGCGAUGGCCCAAUUACGAUUCGAUUCAAAAUGAU